CACACAGAGCGCCCGGCACUGGAGGUGCUGUGAGAGGGAGAGAGGGAGCAAACACAGAGAGACAGAGAGUCCGAGACAGAGGGCAGAGCGAGCGAAGGAGGAGACGAGACAAAUCACAGACCAAGGACGGGCGAAUCCAGCUGGCCUAAGGUUGUCCGCACUCACUCGGCUGCGAACGAGCGUCCGGGCAGAAUGGAUUUCGUUUCGGUCCGACGGCCGCCGAGCCGGAGCCGCAGCUCUGCAGACGACCGUGCCUCCUGUUGGAUUAUUUCAGAUGCCACUGCUGCUGUGAUGGAUGGGAAUAACAGCUCGCAGAGAGGAAGAUGAACCUUGAUUCUCUGGAGGGCUCGAUCCAGAACCUGCUGUCGGUGCUGUACCCGCCCUUCGAGGCCACCGCCCCCACCCUUCUCGGCCAGCUCUUCCAAAUCAUCGAUGGUCGUUAUCGGGGAGAUGCCCUGCGGUGCCUGCUCGACUUCCUGGUCCCGGCCAAGCACGUCUUAGACACCGUGCAGCAGGCUGCAUGUGCUCAGUACCGUGGUGUCCUCUUCCUCUGUGAAGGCUGGCCACUGUGUUUGCGCGACCAAGUUGUCGUCCACCUUGCUCCCAUCGACCCGCGGCUACUUCAGCCUGGCGACUUUUACCUACAGGUGGCACCAUUUUGUGACCAAUCAGCGCGCAUCGUGGUCUGCAGCCUCCUGGAAGAGGAGGGGCUUCGAGUGGAAGUAGUCGAGGAGACCCCAAUCCCUGAAACCUCCUAUCCUUGUAUAUUCAGCUCUGAGUGGUUAAAGGAUGUCAACCAGGGCCGCCAUGGAACGCCUCUCAGCCAAUGCCUGCUCGGCACCGAGCAGGGAGUGGUGAGGUUACCAUGGGGACGGGUGGCCGUGCCUGAUUUUGCGGACGUGCCACAGUGUGCCGGGAGUAGCAUGGCCUCUGUUCCUCCUUCAUAUCCUCCUUUACCACCUCCUCUUCCUCCUCCUCUUCCUCAUUAUUCUGAGAAUACUUCAUCGAAUCAUUCAUUGAAUCUUUCACAUGCACCAAAACAGCGUAAUCCAACCGUUCAGAAUUCCAUUUCAUCAUCUUCUGCACAUCCCUCAGCCUUCUCUGUGAAGACGAGAAUAUGUCCAGGCAAGCACGGCAUUGCUGUGUCACUCUGCCUGGUGGAUACUGGUCCUGCUUCAUCAUCUCGGCCGGUCGAAGUGAAAGAAACUGAACCGGAGCCCAGGCCCAUAGGCUGGGUGUCCCCAAACACAUGGGACAGCCGCUACACCGGGUCGGAUUCAGGCACAGUGACAAAAGCAAGUGCUGCUUCAGGUACACACACCCCUGCAAGUACAAAUACAUGCAAAGGUGCAGACAAGAGUCGUGAAAAUAUCGGACAAGAUAAACAUAAAGUCACAAACCAACAGGAUACGAGCAGAAGUGCGCCAGCAGGCCAAGCCGCAGCAGACGGGGAAUAUAUUGACAUUCUGCAGGCAACUAUGCUUUUUUCAAAAGCUCAGUCAGUCAAAGAAGAGCAACAGAAGCUGGAGGUGCGAACGCAACCGCACGCACAAAUCGAAGCACAAGUGCAAAGACAUCCGCAGAGACAAGCACACAUGCAACCACACGCACAAAUGGAGUCGUAUGGGCAAACGCAGAGGCAGCCCAACACGCCGAAACCACCUCAAGCACAUCCACAAGCGCAUGUGCAGUUAUCUACAAAACCACAAAUGCACUGUCAUUCUAAAUCAGAGGCUCCUGUAUCAUUAACGCCCGACAUGUCCGCAGAGACAGGACCUCCAACUGCUCCCCACCGAUACCAAUCACACCACGCUCACCCUGACUCCCUUGAACCCGCCCAGUGUGUCCGCACAGUCCGAUUCUCAGAGAAACCCUGCACUCCGUGCAUGAAAAGGAGACAGGGCGGACACGGUUCCAGAGCUCAGGAGCUGAGGUGUCGCUACAGGGACUCCUACCAGGCCGCUAUACAGAACCCCGUCACCUUCGGACAGGAGAAAGAGAGGGGGAAUAUGUUGCCGGUGGUGGAGGAGGAUGGGGAUUUCUCACAGUGUGGUGACGGACAGAGGCCACCACCGGGGACUGAAACAGGGGAUCCGUGGUAUAAUGUUCAGGGAAUGUGGUGUGAUCCUGGGAUCCAAAACCAGUCGCCCUUCCUUGUCGGUGGAGCCAUCUGUAAGGAGUCAGGGGAAAAAAACACUUUUCCAUAUUGGAAAGCAGGGGAUUCAAACACCGCCCCCUGUAUGGAGUACAGGGGACCGGGUCCUUUGAAAUAUGGUGGGCUACCAGAGCAGCCAGCUGAAAACACCACUGUGCGGACAGGGUAUGCAUACUCAGCCCAAAAUUCUGCACCAGGAACGAGGAUAAACAAUAGUGAUUUGUCAAGUUCAAAUGAUCCUCAACAGUCGCACGUGAUCUCCGCCAAACAUCGUGGAUCACAGUGUAGUUCAAGUGAAGUUUCAGGGACGAGCGUGGCCCACAAGCCUCGCGAAAGAUUACGCCACAGAACCAAUUCCUCGGGGAUGAGUCCAAACUUUUCCAGGUCUCUUAGGCCGCCACAAAACGGACGAGAGCCCGUGUCGGAUGGACGAUGUUCGUCCCUCUCCACGGCGGUGGUGGACACCUCUGAGAAGUGUGAAGUGGUCAUCGUGGAAGGUCAAAGUGUCAGGAGGAGAGAGAAGAAGGACUCAGGUGCAGAGGUUCCCCAGCUCCAUGUUGUCAAGUGUAAAAACAGCACGGCCUUUGGGCUGGUCUCACCCAAGAUCAGCAGGAGGAAGGUGGUCGUUCCAGACGGUGCUCAGCCUGGCAGUACACCUAUAACCAGUAGAAGCUGUCAUCACGUGGCAAACCCACCACGGACAGAUCCGCCUCCAUCGGCAGAGACGCAGAAGAUCCCUGCCCGUCCCAGGCCUGACCACCUCCCCCUGGGAUCCUCAGACCCCAGAGCCCACUCCCUCUAUCUGGGAGUAGCGACUCUCACAGGCGGCAGAGACAGGGCAGGCAGGGCGAUAGUCGAGCUCUACGGGGACCACCAGGGAUGGAGAUCGGCUGUAACAAGCCAGCAGCUCUUUCAAACGCUGCUCUACUUCCACCUGAUCACCAGGAAAGAAGUCAGAGAAGCUGGGAUGACACUCGUGUUCGAUGCGAGGAAGACAAAUCCUCCGCCGCAGCUCUACAAGGCCUUGAUGGCGCUUCAGGAGCAGAGCCCACAGGCACUAAACAGUUUGGUGCUGCUGGUGGACAAAGACAGCCGCCUCCGGCCUGAGAGAUGUCCCGGGGUCCAGACGGACACGGUGACCUCGAUGAAAGCUCUGCUGAAGCUGGCGGAGGGGAGUCAGCUGAGCUCCCGUCUGGAUGGCACACUGUCUCACGGCCACCGUGACUGGAUGGAGCUGCACCAGAAGCUCUUCCCAUUUGUAUCUGAUCUCCACGAGGCGUCCAGCCUGCUCCUGAGGGCCAUCAGUCAGUUAGAGGAGCCCAGGAGGACGGACACUGUACAGGCUGUGCAGCAGUGCAUGACGGAGCAGAGGACUCUGAUGAGGGAUGUGCUGGGGGACAGCAGGUUGGUCAGCCUGCAGAGGGAGGGUGGGGCCAUCCUGGCCAGGCUGAGGAGGGAGAGCGACCUCAAAUACCCGCACUGCGAGGACCUCAGCGAUGCAGUGGACUCGGUGACCAGCCUGUACAACCACAUGGAGGAGCAGGCCCACGUCCUGGUGCAGAGGUCCAACCUGUCGCUGGAACACCUGGAGUACCUGCUGCAGCUCCGAGAGAUGGAGGGGCACUUCACACAGAUGCGCCAGUGGUUUAACAUAGAAGGAGAGCGCCACCUGCUGGAGGCAGAGUCCGUAGAGGACUCAGGAGACAGAAUGGAGCAGAUCCUCAACAGCUUCACUGGUUUCCUCAUUGAAGCAAACGACCGAAGGCACCAUGCCAUGUCGUUGGUGUCAGAGGCAGAGCGGCUGCAGCGGAGCGGGCUCCCCUACCCAGAGACAGAGACGUUCAAGGCUUUCGUCUGCACCUUCAAGUCGGGCCUGGACGACUUCCUGUGUAGGGUGGAGGCCUGUGGCAGAGAGCUGCAGAUCAUGGUCAACGUGUGUGAUUUUUGUGAGCAGGCGGCAGCUCUGGCCAGUGAGUGCACUUGUUACCUGGACCGGAGUCAGACAAACACUCAGCCUAUAGAACAACAGAACCAAGACCCUGGACCGAGCGCCGCCUCCCUUUGCCAGUCGGAAUGCCCCACAGCGCAUGGCUCUGGCGCAGCCGCCACCAGUGGUUCACUGUCAGACAAUGACAACUCCAUCCUUUGGACUUUUCAAGACAGGUUUCUCCAGUUUAGCCCGGAGAGGUUUCAGGAGGUGAAGGCUCAGGCCAGCGCCCUGCAGGGCUCCCGGGGGAUGCGGGUCUGGAACGUAGCCUGGCUGAGGUGUCAGGAGGCCAGGCAGCAGCUGCUGGAGAGGAUGCAGGGCGUGGAUAAAGCUUAUCACAGAAACCCAGAUUCUAGCGGCUGUUGUGAAUGUCAUUACGUUGAUGUGGUGAGCACUAAUAUUCAGACCACUUCGCCUGGUGGCCAGAAUCUGGUGGUCCAAUCGACCCCUGGGCCUCGGCACCCGCAGUGGGAGGGCAUCGUGUCUGGGGCGGUGGAUUUAGGGAAGAGAAAGCCCAUCACGGGCAGCAACAGCACUAAUUCAACGACUGUGGCCUGCUGUAACAUCCUCAUCAAACCAGAGGAUCACAGUGAUGCUGGAACCAGCCAGGGGUCAACGGUCACCCCACAGUCACCUCACAGACCAACAAGGAGAACAGAAAGAGAGGCGAGGAGGAGACAGGCGAGCAGAACGAGGAGAGAGCGAGACGCCGCGGCCCUUUCUCAGUCGCACACUGUCGGCUGCCAGUGGUUUCCGUGGGGACGCGGCCUCCGGGCGAAGUCGGCGAGCCAAGACUCGUGCACCCCGGCAGUCGUGGCAGCAGGGUCCUCCACUCCUCCGGAGCAGCGGGUCCGACCCCCAUCAGCCUGCUCCCACCACGGUCAGCCGUCCUGUCGCAUCCUCAAGGAGGCUCAGAAGUUCCAGAUCUCCCGCCACGGGAGCUUCUGCUCAGAGGACUCGUGUAUGAGCGACCGGGGGGCUGCAGGGGAGGACGGGGCUUUGUGCUGCAAACACCCCAGCCUGCCCAUCGGGAGAUACGAGGGGGGGUCCUUUCGUUUGGCUAAUCCUCAGGGGAGUGCCAGUAGUGCCCUGAGGCUGCAGCGGGUCCUGGAGGAGCUGGUGGCCACAGAGAGGGAGUACGUCCGCUCCCUGAGCUACAUCCUGACCCACUACCUCCCCCUGCUGGACCGACCGGACAUCCCCCAGGACCUCAGGGGCAAGCGAGGCGUCAUCUUCGGCAACCUGGAGAAGCUUUACGGCUUCCACAGCCACUACUUCCUGCCGGAGCUGGAGGCCUGUCACAGGGAGCCGGCCAUGGCGGCCCGCUGCUUUCUCAGACAUACAGAGAGUUUUGGCCUGUACGCUCUGUACAGUAAGAACAAACCUCAGUCGGACGCCCUCAUCCUGCACCGUCGCCAUGACAUCUUCAAGAGGAAGCAGCAGGAGCUGGGGGACAUGAUGGACCUUUCCUCCUACCUGCUGAGGCCCAUCCAGAGGAUCAGCAAGUACAGCCUCCUGUUGCAGGACAUGUUGUCCCUGGCCGGGUCCUACAGGCCCAAAGACAUGAUCCAGGAUACACUUGUCGAAUCCUCUGUGUGCGGCCCGGCUGUGCAUGUGCCUGAACUGACACGCAGUGAGAGGGAGCGUGAGAGGGCUGAGAUCCAGGCUGCCGCAGACCUGGUUCGAUUUCAGAUGCGGCACGGCAACGAUUUGCUCACCAUGGACGCCAUCCAAGACUGUGAUGUGAAUUUAAAAGAGCAGGGACAGCUGAUUCGCCAGGAUGAGUUCACAGUCCUCUUCAGGAAGAAGAAAUGUGUUCGCCGCAUUUUUCUCUUUGAACAUCUAAUCCUCUUCAGCAAGACCAAGAAAACAGAUGUUGGCAAUGAUGUUUAUGUCUACAAGCAGUCAUUCAAGACGAGUGAUAUCGGGAUGACCCACAACACGGGUGUGAGCGGCCUGUGUUUUGAGAUCUGGUUCCGCCGGAGGAAGAGCGGGGACACCUACACCCUGAGGGCUUCCAGCAUGGAGGUGAAGAAAGCCUGGACCACCGACCUGGAGAGGAUCCUGUGGGAUCAGGCCACUCACAGUAGAGAGCUGCGUCUGCAGGAGAGGGUGUUUAUGGGAAUGGGCAGCAAACAUUUCACGGACAUUCAACCCAGUGAUGCUGCGAUCUGUGACCGAGCCAUCAGCUGCGCCCUGCCUGGGAGAAUCCCUGUGGCAUGUUGUUCACACAGGGGCUUAGACUAUCCACGGCCACACUCCAUUGGCUCUGGCAGCACGGCCUCCGCCACCCUCAGCCAAUCAUCUUCCUCCUCGGGCCGGGGCUCGCUGCCCCCUGCUGGCUAUCCCGGGAACCAGUCACAGGGAUUGGAGAGCGGCCCUGCCAUGUGCUCCUCCCCCGAGGCUGUGACUGACAAUGAACUCAACAAUCAUCAUCUUCAUAUGCAUCGUCAUCUCUACCGUAACCAUGAAAAGUUGGAGACUCAUCAUCCUCUGAUGGACAGCACAGAAUCAUCUGGGGAAAGCGUCAACGUCACGAGCAGCCCAGACAACGGCUGCCUGUCUGCCAUUGGUGGAGAGGCAGUGAACAACUCCACCUCGUUUGUGUCCCAGAGUCCCAUGCCCCGCCCACCACUGUGUCGAACCCCAAGCCUGAGGAGAAACAGCUCACCGGUGAUUAUCAUAAAGAAACCGGGGGUCGCACCCAAACCUCCACAUCUGGCUAAUCCCAAGGAAGGGAAACAUGGGCAGGAGGAAUCUGUGAAAGUCCUUGCAACUAUUUUCAAGAAUGGAAAUGAAUUGAAAAGAAAAAUUUACAGUGUCCAAAGCACAACAGAGCUUUUGGAAAAAACAAGUGAAUUGGGAUUGGUCCUUGACCGGAGUUUAAAAUUUAACACUGAUUUCCAAGAGUUUACUGAUGUUGAAAGUAGUGUGCAGAUUAGUAACCUUGACAGAUUCCAAGAGCACUUUUCAGAAGCACCUAAUCAUCAAACUGUCCCAAGAGAAGUCUGUCAAACUCAGGCAGGAAGUACCAUUGCCUCCCUCUACAAUGCACCCCAGGAUCCAGCACAGAGCACACAGCCACAACUAGUCUGCAUUGGUCAUCUAAGGGGAGGCUCACAGCAGGACGUCAUUCUGGGCAAGUCAGACAAGAUUGCUAUCCCCUUGGAUGAAAGCCUGGCAUGUGCUGUGGACAAGCUCUUCAAGCUCUACUGGGUAUGCAACUCGGCCUUCCCAGCCCCGCUCAGCUCUGUGUUCUCGUUCUUUGAUUACAUUUACGACUUACCCAUGUCAACAAACAGGAGAGCAAAGGCAAUGGAACUCAUUUCAAAAGUCAAGUCUAUUAAUUAGAUCCCACCAAAAUGUACAUUUGUCCAAGAUGUCAGUCAAGAUUCACACAGAUAAAGAAACUGACGUGCCAUCUUCGUGAAAUACAUGUAUUGUCAGAGGGAUUGGAGUUCACACUUACUUGCGGCCAAGAUGGUUGUCCAAGGACAUACCACAGCAUUAAUUCAUUUGCGAAACACCUUUCUAGAGAGCACCAAAUAACAGGUACCACUGCUGUUGAGCCUUCUCUUCAGACCAUCCCAACAUUUACAGAGUCCACAGGGACCAUCGACACAACUCUAGAGGAAAACAUAGCUGAGCCUUCUGAGGGUUUUAAACCUCUUUCUUCAAGUGACAGUGCAGCCUCAUGUGUGGCAAAAAUGUAUGCUGGGUCAAAUGUAACACUAAUGGAUGUCACAAGAACUGUAACUUGUGUUAAAGAACUUGUGGAAACAACCAUAGCUACAUUAAAAAAUUCAGUGUCAUCCGUGUUCAACAAUAUGGGUGUGACAUAGACACUCCUUUUAAAAUGAUUACACACUUUUCUGAAGAAUUUCACCUCGUCAAGCCAAAGGAAAUUUUUCUUGGUCACAGGGCAGAGACUGUGCGGAAACGAGGACAAGUGAAGCAUGUUUUGGCACCAGACACUUGUCAGUAUAUACCAAUACUCGAAACAAUCAAAUUUCUAUUUAGUAAUGACCAAUGCAAGGUGUCUACUUAAAAAACAAGAAAAGGAAUGACAACAUGAUGCGUGACUAUAGUGAUGGGUGUCAAUUCUCAAGUCAUCUACUAUUCCAACUGUAUCCAGAAUCCCUGCAAAUUCAGUUGUAUUAUGAUGAUGUUGAGACAACAAAUCCUCUGGGCUCCAAAACAAAAAUCCAUAAACUGGGUGCUGUUUACUUCACUCUACGGAAUUUACCCCCAGAAUGCAAUUCAUCCCUAGCUCACAUUCCCCUAUGUGUGUUAUUUAAUUCAAUCGACAGGGAGACAUAUGGGCUUGGUAAGAUACUAGAGCCACUUCUUGAGGACAUCAGAGUCCUUGAAAACUGCAGUAUAGAAGUUGAAGUUGAUGGACAAACUCAAAAGCUGCGUGGAAGUCUUUCAAUUUUGACAGCAGAUAAUUUGGCAAUACAUUCACUGUGCGGCUAUGUUGAAAGCUUUUCUGCAAACAAAUUUUGCCAGUUUUGUUUGAUCGAUAAGCAAGAAAUUCAGUCGGUGUUUGAUGAAGACAAUGUUGUAAAACGCAACAGGGAGAACUAUGAGCAACAUGUUAGGUUUUGCAAUCCAAGCUCAACUGGUGUUAAAGGAAACUCUUGUUUGAACAGUCUGCAAUAUUUCCAUGUAACAGAAAAUACAUGUGUGGACAUGAUGCACGGUGUACUGGAAGGCGUGGCUCCUUUGGAAGUGAAGCUGCUGUUGCGUCACUUCAUUUAUGAAGAGAAGCUUUUCACGUUAGAGCAACUAAAUGACAGAAUUGCUGGUUUUGACUAUGGUUACAUGAAUGACAAAAAUAAACCAAGUGCCAUUAUCAAUUUGAGAUCUUCUGAAAAUGCUGUGAGGCAAACUGCCUCCCAAAUGUGGUGUCUCUUGCAAGUUUUACCCUUUUUAGUGCGAGAUUUCAUUAAUAGGGAAGACCAGUUUUAGAAUCUGUUCAUUUUGUUGAGGGAAAUCUGCAGCAUCAUUUUUGCACCUGUUGUCAGUGUUGGGCUUGCUGUGUUCUUAAGCAGCUUAUCAUAGAUCACCAUAUGCUUUACAAGUACAUUAUCCAAGAAUGCUUUGUUUGUUUGGACCUCUUUCUCAGUUGUGGUGUAUGAGAUUUGAGGCAAAGCAUAAUCCAAUGAAAAGGCAAGCACAUGUGGUAUGCAAUUUCAAAAAUAUUGCCAAAACUCUUGCUUAUAAACAUCAGGUUCAACAAAUGUACAAUUUCAAGCUUGUUGACCCGUUUUGUAAAAAAUACAAUGCCGAAAAUGCCUUCCUGUGAACAUUGGUGCUUUAAAGACAGCCGUUGUUAUACCUGAGGGACUAAAGUCAGCCCUACACACAAUGCGUAGCAUCAUUUAUGUUACACAUUCGCUGACUGUAAAUGGCCAGACAUACAGGACUGGAUCUGGACUCAAGACGCAGCAUCAAGGGGAGCACUUAUUUGGAGAGAUCAUUCAUGUUAUACCCCAGGGUGAGGCAUGCCUCUUUCUUAUUAGAGUACUUGAAGUUAAGUACUUUGAUGAGCAUUUCUAUGCAUAUGUUGUGCAAUAGACUAAAGACUUUGAAAUGAUCAAUUUAGAUGAUUUUGCAGAUGUUAGACCUCUUGGCUUAAUGUCAAAUUUCAGCACUGACGAACUCUAUCUCAAUCCGAGGUUAUUGAUGUCAUGUUCAGAAUUCAAUAACAUGAAUUUUUGUACUUGUGUUAUAUAUAUUGUAUUACAAAUGAAUUUAUUGCAUGUGAAGUUUUGAAAAAAAAUCCUUUUUAAAAGGGUUUAAUAUGAAAUCUUAAAUAAAUGACUAAUGAAUGUA